AUGAAAAGACCAGUUAAAGUGAAACAAAGAAAAAUAUUAGAAAAGAAGAAAUAUAUUUUCAGAAAAACUGCUUUUCUUCAUCAAAAUCUUCAACAGAAACUUCUGGUACCACUUCGUUGUUUGUUUUCACAGAUUGGAAAUGAUAAGUUUGAGUUACACAUGCUACCAGAUUAUGUGGAAAGCGUCUUGACAAUACUCAAGGAUGACCAAUACGUACAUCAACUUGAUUUGUCAAAUACCAAGAUUGAUACAACAGGAAGUCGUCUGCUGUCAGAGUUACUUACCACAAACAAGAAUAUAACAACCUUGGUCCUUAACAAGUCCGGUAUGUGUGGAAAACGGUUGAAAAUUUUAGUUAGGAAUGGCCAGUUUGAACAGUUGGAAACAGUUGUACUAUCAGGAAACACCAUUAACGAACAUGACUGUGGUACAGUAGCUGUGAUGCUAAGGAAGUCAAAGAAUUUGAAACGCUUCUCACUCAGGGCAAACAAUAUUGAAGAAAAUGGAUGCCAGGAAUUGGCGGUAGAAUUAGGCCAACACAAAAAUUUGCGAGAGCUUGAUAUGAGUUGGAACCACAUUAGAAGACAUGGAGCAAUUAACAUAUCUAGAGCAAUCAAGAAUAAUCUCUCAUUGACACAUGUUAAUGUGUCUUGGAAUGGUUUUGCGUUUGAAGGAUGUUCUGCACUGUCGGAGGCUUUGGAGAACAACAAAAAUCUAAUAGAACUUGAUUUAAGUUGGAAUAGAGUUCACCCACCUGCAUUGCUAGAGCUAAUGAAGGGAUUAUGCAGGAAUGCAACGCUUCAAAACCUCAAUUUGAGCCACAAUCCGAUUACGCCACCUUUCACAUCUAUUUUCCUUCAAGCUUUAUUUGAUACUAACUUUACUGGAUUAACAGAAAUAAUAAUGGAGAAAAUAGUUGUUGACCACGAUUUUCCAGAAAUAUUGCAAAAGAUACAAGAACAUCAAGAACUUAAAGUUAUAUUUGAAAAAGCCUUGCCAUUACGUGUUAGACCCGAUAAACUCCGAAUGGAGGUACAAGGAUCUGCAGUGUUCAACAUGGAUCCUUUGAAACUAUUGUAUUUGCUGAAGGAAAAGAACCGAGCUCAAGAUUUCUUCAAUAAAAUAAACAAAGACAAUAAUGAUGUAUUGACCAUUGACGAAAUACAGACACUUUUUACAGAUAUGGGCGUGUCCGUGACUAGAAGUGUUGUCGAGAAAAUAAUGGACUUCAUGGAUACUGAUAACAGCGGUUCCAUAGAUUUAGGAGAAUUCUUGGAAGGCGACAGAAGAAUCAGAAAAAUGUCCCGAGAUUUUGCUCGUUCUUCUCGCCAACAAAUUAAACAGGAAUACAACAAAUACUCGAGGUCCUUUACUAGAGCACACAUAGAUCCUAUGACAUUUCAGUUGAAGAUACAAGAACCAAAACAACUACUCCCGCCAAUUCAGUCAAGGGAGCCAUCCAUUUCUCCAGUAAUGCGUUAAGAUGCAUCAAACAAAAUUAAUCUUCAAGUAUCUCAGACUCAAACACUAGACGAUACAGCAAUCAAAAAAAGCGUCACAUCGAUCCUAUGACAUUUCAGUUGAAGAUUCAAGAACCAAUACAACUACUUCCGCCAAUUCAGUCAAGAGAGCCAUCCAUUUCUCCAGUAAUGCGUUAACAAAUUGUCAAGGAUCACACAAAUCUUAACGUGUCUCAGUCUCAAACAUCAGAUAAUACAGCGAUGAAAGCAUCACAACGAGGCUACAGACGAUACUUGUAUAGGAAGUUGAAAAUGAAAUCAUAGAAACCAAAAGACCUAUGUCGUUAGAAAGGAUGAUUAACAAUUUUCUUCU